CAGUGACAGGAAGUUAUUGCAGAAGGAGAAAGGUGAGAGGCAGAAAUCGAGGGCGGUGUUUGAGAGACUAAGCAUGGCAACGUGUCUUCGCCUCAGGGGAUUUACAACUAUCAAUUCGCGCGCUCUCUUCGUUUCCACCACUGGAUUCUCCUCCUCCUCUUCUUCCUCUUCCUCUUCCUCUUCGUCGUCGUCAUCGUCUUCCGGUAAGUCUAAAACGGGGAAGAAGUUCAUGGAUCGUCUUACGGCCGUUAUCGACGCCGUUCAUGAUCGUAAACUACCGCCGGAGCUACGCGGCCAGCGCAACAAUGUCAGGUCAGAAACUGAUAUUAUUAACGUUGUUGAGCAAAGGAUAUGGCAUUCCAUGGAAGAGGGCCAGUUUGAGAACUUGCCAGGCAAAGGCAAGCCCCUUAAGCUUGACACAAAUCCUCAUGCAGAUCCAGCUGAAGACACCCUGUACCGAAUCUUGUCAAAAAAUGGUUGUGCACCAGAGUGGGUCGAGCUUAACAAAGAAAUAAGAUCUAAAAUAUCUGAAUGGAGGUUGUCCUUGAAGAAAGCUUGGGCUACUAAAUGUGGAGGAGAGCACUCUGAGUGGGUCGAGAGUUCAGAGAAUUUGAAACUGCAGUUACGAGAAAUCAAUGAUAAGGUUUUCCGGUAUAACCUCAUUGUGCCUUUUGGUAGGCAAAUGUUUGGCCUUAAGUGGGAGAAAGAGCUAGGUUACUUGGAAGAAAAAUGAGACUUGGUGUGGUUACUUAAAUUUGAGCCAGUUGGUUCACAUAGUAGAAGAUAAAGAUCCUAUUUAUUUUCCUGAGGGCGGUCAUGCCAGGUAAUGAUCAACUGGUCGAUAUUAUUCUGUUCGACUAUUGUUGAUUACAUCAAUUUCGUAGCAAUGGUUUUAGUCCGGCCAGCCCUUGAUACUGUUAGGCUAGUUAUUAUGAUUCCUUUUUCAGGCUUAUAGCUAUAUUUAUACGGUUCAUAACCCCCUAUCUGUGUACCUUUCCAUGUACAACCUAAGGAAACAAGAAAAAAAAAUAGUGAAAUGUACGAGUCAAUAACUCUUGUUGUUCCCGCUUCAAUAUACUGGAUAUUUGUUGUA